GUGACUGGUUGGCAGGAAGUGAAAGUGCGGCGGCCGGAAGCGGGAGCUGCAGGCCGAGCGGGGCCGGGAAGGUGUGGGGAGAGUUCGUGCGGCCGUCUAUCUCGGUAGUCCGCCGGGGGGGGUUUCACCCGGGGCUCGCAAAGAUGCUGAAGAAGUUCGACAAGAAGGACGAGGAGUCUGGUGGGGGCUCAAAUCCAUUUCAGCAUUUGGAGAAGAGUGCUGUACUGCAGGAGGCUCGCGUUUUUAAUGAAACUCCAAUCAAUCCUCGGAAAUGUGCUCACAUUUUGACCAAGAUCCUGUACCUGAUAAACCAGGGAGAGCACAUGGGCUCAGUGGAGGCUACGGAGGCAUUUUUUGCUAUGACCAAACUCUUCCAAUCAAAUGAUCCCACCUUACGAAGGAUGUGCUAUCUGACGAUUAAAGAAAUGUCUACCAUUGCUGAGGAUGUCAUCAUUGUUACCAGCAGUUUGACAAAAGACAUGACUGGCAAAGAAGACAAUUAUCGUGGACCUGCUGUGAGAGCACUGUGUAAAAUUACUGAUAGCACCAUGCUGCAAGCCAUUGAACGUUACAUGAAGCAGGCAAUAGUAGACAAAGUUCCCAGUGUCUCCAGUUCUGCAUUGCUUUCUUCCUUGCAUUUGCUCAAGACUGGUUUUGAUGUGGUUAAACGCUGGGUGAAUGAAGCUCAAGAGGCAGCCUCGAGCGACAACAUUAUGGUGCAGUACCAUGCUUUGGGUCUACUGUACCACAUCCGCAAAAACGACCGGCUCGCGGUCAACAAGAUGGUGACCAAGUUCUCACGCCAGGGCCUGAAAUCCCCAUUUGCCUAUUGUAUGAUGAUUCGUGUGGCGACCAAACUGCUGGAGGAGGAUGACAGCAGCCGUGACAGCCCUCUGUUUGACUUCAUUGAGAACUGCAUGAGGAACAAGCAUGAGAUGGUGGUCUAUGAAGCAGCCUCUGCCAUUGUCAAUCUGCCAAACUGCACGGCCAAAGAGCUGGCACCUGCUGUCUCUGUGCUGCAGUUGUUCUGUAGUUCACCUAAGGCAGCCCUGCGAUAUGCAGCAGUGAGGACACUCAACAAGGUGGCAAUGAAGCACCCAUCUGCCGUGACUGCUUGCAAUCUGGACCUGGAAAACCUGGUGACGGACUCAAACCGCAGCAUUGCCACACUUGCCAUCACCACCUUGCUGAAAACAGGAAGUGAGAGCAGCAUUGACCGCCUCAUGAAGCAGAUCUCCUCCUUCAUGUCAGAAAUUUCAGAUGAGUUUAAGGUGGUGGUAGUCCAGGCCAUCAGUGCUCUGUGUCAGAAGUACCCACGGAAGCACUCUGUGAUGAUGAAUUUCCUGUUCACCAUGCUGCGAGAAGAGGGUGGGUUUGAGUACAAACGUGCCAUUGUGGAAUGCAUCAUCUGUAUCAUCGAGGACAACCCAGAGAGCAAGGAGACGGGCCUGGCUCACCUCUGUGAAUUCAUUGAGGACUGUGAGUUUACUGUCCUCGCCACUCGCAUCCUUCACCUGCUUGGGAGGGAGGGAGCUAGGACUCCCAAUCCCUCCAAGUACAUCCGCUUCAUCUAUAAUCGGGUCAUCCUGGAGAAUGAAGAGGUCCGAGCAGCUGCUGUGAGUGCAUUGGCGAAGUUUGGAGCCCAGAAUGAUGACAUGUUCCCCAGUGUGAGCGUGUUACUUAAGAGGUGUAUGAUGGAUGAUGACAAUGAGGUGCGAGAUAGGGCCACCUUCUAUCUGAACGUGUUGGAACAGAAACAGAAAGCUCUGAACUCGGCCUACAUCCUCAAUGGCCUGCAAGUGUCCAUUCCUGGCCUGGAGCGAGCUCUUCACCACUACACGCUGGAGCCCUCUGAAAAACCCUUUGACCUGAAAUCAGUUCCAUUAUCAAUGGCCCUCAUCACUGAACAGAAGUCUGAAAUCUCUCCGGCAGCUGCAGUGAAGGUGCCAGAAAAGGUGGCAUCGAGCAGACAGGACAUUUUCCAAGAGCAACUAUCUGCUGUCCCAGAGUUCAAGGACCUGGGUGCACUUUUCAAGUCCUCAUCCAACCCUGUCCCCCUCACAGAGUCGGAGACAGAGUACGUUGUCCGCUGUACCAAGCAUACUUUUGCCAAUCACAUUGUGUUCCAGUUCGACUGUACAAAUACUCUGAAUGAUCAGAUCCUGGAGAAUGUCACAGUGCAGAUGGAGCCCACAGAAGGUUAUGAAGUGGUGUGUUGUAUUCCAGCAGCUAGCCUACCUUAUAACCAGGCAGGCAUCUGUUACACACUGGUGACACUGCCUGAAGAUGAUCCAACAGCAGUGGCCUGUACAUUUAGCUGUACUCUGAAGUUCACUGUUAAAGACUGUGAUCCAAACACUGGAGAGGCUGAAGACGAUGGGUAUGAAGAUGAGUAUGUGCUGGAAGAUGUGGAGAUCACUGUGGCUGACCACAUCCAGAAAGUCCUGAAGCCGAACUUCAGUGCUGCCUGGGAGGAGGUGGGAGACACCUUUGAGAAAGAAGAGACUUUCGCCCUGUCAAGCAUGAAAACGCUUGAUGAGGCUGUGAAUAACAUUGUUAACUUCCUGGGCAUGCAGCCAUGUGAGAGGUCUGAUAAGGUGCCGGAGAAUAAGAAUUCACACACACUUUACCUAGCAGGUGUUUUCCGCGGGGGUCACGACCUCCUUGUGCGGGCACGGCUGGCGUUGAUGGACAGCGUGACGAUGCAGGUCACAGCGAGAAGUAAAGAUGAAGUUCCCGUCGAUGUCAUCAUGGCCUCCGUUGGGUAGUUUCUUCUGUGAAGAAGUCUGGGUAACGCUGUCAUAACCCGGGGAGGAAAAUAAUGGGGGGACUUCUGAGAAAACACCGCAAAUUUUAUUGCCAUUUAUGUAGGGGGGUAAAAAUCAGUCCUUUGUUAGUCUUACAGAGAUUGUGUUGGAACCUUUGCAUUGAAAGCAGAGGAUUAAUGAAUAAUUGUUAAUAGCAUCGAUUGUGGUUUUAUGGAAGCCUGCGAACGAGGGAAUUUUAAACACCCUAAGUGUCCAUAAUGAGGAUUGUUACAUUAAAUAAAAAGACAUAUAUAUAAAUACAUAUAUAAAUUGUGGAACUGAAGAUGGGAGCUUUAAGAUUUGUUUUCUUUCCUGCUAUCUGCUUGAAUACAAAUACUUUUGUUAUUCCACUUUCUCUGUCUAGUGUGCUUUAGGUUACAUUGGGUAAGAAAGGAGUUUUGAUGAGAUCUCCCUCCACAGACCACAACAUUUGCCUGGCCUGCUUCACUUGGUUCAGUGAUCAUUCUCUGUUUAACGGUUCACACUCCUCCAUGUGUCCCCAUGCAGCUGCACAGAAAGGAUGGUGAAGAGGGGCAGCUAGAAGUCUUCCUUAUCGCUCCCUCAGUACCUUGGGCAUGGAUUGGGUAUUGGAAGUAAUCAUACUGCUAAUGGGUCAACCUUCAUCCUUGCCCUCCCUUUCCCCAGUACAAACAGCUACCUCACGUAUUCUCGUGUCAGUUUCUGCUGCUUGUGGUAAAACCAGAAAUAGACCAAAAAAAAUUCUUAUUCUGCUCGUGCAGUGUAAUUGGUAACCCGAAAUUGCAGUGUCUGAUGGUCUGCUAUUUACCUGCACCACCCCUCCUCUCGCUCCCUGUCGAAUGCAUUACAUUUACACUUCUCGGUAGGGCUCUGCUGCUGUGUUUUGUAACUUCUAAUUUUCAGGAAGGCAUUUCGCCCUCUAAAUUACAAAUCAGUGCUGAUGAUGAAAUGUUUCAAUGAAAUUACCACUUUGCCAUCCCAGCUGGACUGGAUAUGGCUUGGAAAUAAUUUCUGCAGCUUGUUGGCAUUUGCAGAAAGUGGUUUGUACCAGUGCUCAGAAAAGGUGGGAAUUAAUUGCGAAGAGAAACCUUGCAAUGGUGCUGAAAAUGAGGCCAGAGGAGAGAAGGAUAAAUAUGGGGGUUUAUUCACAGGAUAUUUACUUAUUAAUUCAUCCCAUCAAGUCUAUAUUGGCUCCUGGUAGAAUAGAUCCUCUCAUUUCCCUUCCUCUGCAGUAGGUGAUUUACAGUAGCCAAUCAACCUACCAGCAUGUAGGAGGAAACUAGAGCACACAGGCAACCCCCAUGCUCACAGGCAGAACAAUGACACGGGCAGGUCAGGAUUGAAUCUCGGUCACUGGAGCUAUGAAGCCCCAAUGCCUAUGACUGGGGAGUUUGCAGUGGUUGCCCAUCCCCAGUUGUUGUUGUACAGGUGAACAUCCUUAGCUUUACCAACCAUUCCUGUGAAUCCUCAUGACAAUCCUGUCCCUUGAAGGAAAGCCCCAUGUUCAGCACAGAAGCAAGCCCUUCAACCCAGCCAGUCUGCGCUGAACAUCAUUCAGAUGAAUCUCAUUUUUAUUCUCUCUGCAUUCCCAUCAAUUCCACACUAGGGCCAAUUUACUUACCAACGCGCAAGUCUUUGGGAUGUGGGAAGAAGCCAGAGCACCGAGAGCAAAUGCUACACACAUAGCACCCGAGGUCAAGAUUGAAGCUGGGUGCUGGAGCUGUGAGGCAGCAGCACUGACUAUGUGGGAAGACCAGCAGUACUAUGGAGGUUAUGGCUGCAGACCCCACGGUAGGACUGGACUCCCUCCACUAUCUGUCCUGGCUAUAGGGCCCACUCAGUCUGGCCCUGCAACUGGGUCCUUAAUAUGACCCAGAAGUAUCAGGAUCUGGGUUACGUAGAGUUAAAAUGUUUGGCCUCACUGCAGACAAAAACCUCUGUGCACUGCUGCUGUUGAUUUUAUGCUGGUCAAGGCUCCUGGAUGGUGUUGAUAUUCCUGGAAACAAAUGUUCAAAUUUGUAUUUGCACUGCCACAUGAUGCAACAUAAGUUUGCAGGAAAUUGUGUUGCGUUACACUCGGAACAUUUCAAUUAAGAGGCUAACCUUAGAACUGUGCAGUAGUCCAGGGGGCCACCCAGCCCACUGGUUCCAUACUAGUCCUCCAGCAGAGGACUUCACUGGUUGCAAGCACUUGGACAAGCCCCAAGAUCAUGAAAGGCAGAAUGAAAGUCGUGAACCUUUUCUGAAAGAGAUGAUUUAAUAUAUACAAAUAACAGCAGCACUUAACUCUGUUAAAUUUGCUUACUGCUGUGUUAAUUCUCUGCCUGCCAUCUUAUUAUUCUGCAAGUAAUCCUGGCCCUGGAUGUCAAUUUGCUGUGUUUGUUGCUAUCUCAAGUGGUUGCUACAGUAUGAAAAGUGUAAAAUGAUUGCCGGAUGGAUUGAACAGAUGAAUAUGAAAGGCAAUAUUACAGGGCUUGCAGUAAAACAUAAUGAGGGUUGUGUCUCAGACACCACUGGCUUCCUAGGUUUUAGAAAAUUAUAUAGUGCUUCAACACAUGUUUUAUUGCAGCCUUUAAUACAAAACAAAAUUCCCAAAGGACUUCAGUUUGAUUAAAAACAAUGGCCAUUGAACUGGAGGGGGGGGGGGG